AGGGACUUCCCGGGGAAGGAAGGAAGCAUCAGACAGCAGCAGCAGCAGCAGCAGCCCGAGAGCAACGUGGGUUGGAAGAGGCAGUGUGUGUGUUGGUGUGUUUGCGCCUAGUUGGUGGCUUGCACUCUUAACCCCGGGCGCUCUUCGCAUGCACUUAAAUCCAGCCCAGGGUGUUGUGCAACAUGAAAGUAGUGGCUUUAAUCAGUGGUGGGAAAGACAGCUGUUACAAUAUGAUGCAUUGUGUUGCUGCUGGACACCAGAUUGUUGCCUUAGCCAAUCUUAGACCUGCUGAAAACAAAGAAGGGACUGAUGAGCUGGACAGCUACAUGUAUCAAACGGUGGGGCACCAUGCAAUAGAGUUAUAUGCAGAAGCCAUGGGCUUGCCACUUUAUCGCCGCACUAUUAAGGGCACCAGUGUGGAAACUGGCAAAGUAUAUACCAGAUGUGAAGGUGAUGAGGUUGAAGAUCUUUAUAAACUUCUGAAACAUGUUAAGGAUGAGGAGGGUGUGGAAGGUGUUUCUGUAGGGGCCAUUCUUUCAGACUACCAGCGGGUCCGUGUAGAAGAUGUGUGCAAGAGGCUUACCCUGCAACCAUUGGCUUACCUUUGGCGUCAGAACCAGGAAACUUUGCUCAAAGAAAUGAUCUCCUCGAACCUUCAAGCUAUAAUCAUAAAAGUAGCAGCUUUUGGUUUAGAUCCAGAUAAACAUCUAGGAAAAACAUUGGAUGAAAUGGAACCUUAUCUUUUGGAACUUUCUGAGAAAUAUGGAGUCCAUAUCUGUGGAGAAGGUGGAGAAUAUGAAACAUUCACAUUGGAUUGCCCUCUGUUUAAGAAGAAAAUAGUUGUGGAUUUAUCAGAAGUUGUUGUGCAUUCAGCGGAUGCAUUUGCACCUGUGGCUUAUCUUCGACUAUUAAAAUUGCACUUAGAAGAUAAGGUGCAACCUCUGAGCAAAGCCCUGGCUGUGAGCUGCUCUUGUGAAAAGCACUUUGAAGAAAACACACGGCCCACGUCAGAUGAGCGAAAGGAAGCCGCUUGCAUCAUCUGGGACACUUCUGGAUGUACUUCUGUGAAGUCCAAUAAGACGCUUGAAACCUCAGUGAAGUCUCCGCAGGGCUACCAGUGGCUAACAGGCAUCAAUGCUCUCCUAAAUGCAUCGGAAGGAGGAAGCGUGCAAGAAUCGGCUAAGAAUGUCUUUUCGUCUCUCCGAGCUCAUCUGAAUUCAAAGGGAUUGGAAUUGACAGAUAUUAUUUUGGUCCAUCUGUAUAUGAAGAGCAUGAAAGAUUUUGCUGUGAUUAAUUCAGUCUAUGUGACAGCAUUUGAUUUGUGUCCCCCAGCAAGAGUUUGUGUAGAAGUCCCCUUGCCUGAAGGACUUUUGUUUCAGAUGGACUGCCUGGCACAGAAGUAUGAUGGGAUGACUGGUGAGCCACCUUGUCAACAGAAGCAGGUUUUGCAUGUACAGAGCAUCUCUCACUGGGCCCCUGCCAACAUAGGACCUUACAGUCAAUGUGUACAGAUGGGAUUCGAAUAUGAUGUCUGACCAGCUUAUUUUGUGUAGUAAUACUGCCACCUUCUGAAUCGACGAGGAAUUGUCUGAGGCUCAUGUUUUCUUGGAGACUUUUUUCAAGAAACGCCUUGCAGGUUGACUGUUUGCUUUGAGCCAGCAGCAUAACAUCCCAAAGUCAAAAGUGUUUGAGACUGGAAAUCGCCUGAAUCCUAUCAUUGAAAUGAUUGCUUCAAAAGCCACUAUGGGAGACGGUUUAACUUAUCAGCAAAGCUGCAUUCCCAAUGUGACAGCCUGACAGCCUAGGAGAAGUCAGCAGGAAGACUCGGUGGGCAACAUUUGUUUCAGAAUACUGUUCUAAAAAUAAAAUACCCUUUAACUCCGAGACCACAGCAUAAUCCUUGGCGAUAUUUUAUUAUGUGCUGAAGCAACAACAAAAAGGACCACAUGGAUCCUGAAUUAAUUCUGAGCAGGAAAUUCAAUAGCAGAAAAGGUUGGAUGGUGGUUGUAGGGCAGAGGUGGCCACAGCUGGGAUUAGAAGAUGGGGGGUGGGUGGGUUUGCAAACAUUCUUUCACCAUCAUUCAAUCAGACAACGUGCCCUUCAGCGGAACAGCAAACCCUCCCGAUUCUCUCGAAUUAGGAAGAUUAGCAUGAAGCGCAUAAUGCAGGAUGAUGGAAUUUGUCAUAAUUUGCAUUGUCCUGGAAAGAUUCGGUUUGAUAGAGCAAUGCGUCUCAGAGCAUGUCAUGUCCCACGGGCAGGUCAUGGAGGAAGCUUGGCAGAAAUAAUUUUGUGAUAUGUGCAUCAGUUGUAAAUGCCUCACAACCAAUUUGUCACACACACACACAAGUGGAGGUCAGAGGAGUUGAAAGAGGUGGGCAUUUGCCCAACACGUAGAGAAGUUUGACUUCAGGAUGAUAAACUCAAAGUGUGGCAGUGUAAACAAUUUUGAUGUCGACGGUUUGUACAUGCAUAAUAUACACAAAUGCACUCUACGCAUUUGACUAGAUGCCUUCCAUAUGCCUUCCUUGUGCAAUGUGAAAGGUUUUUAUUAAAAUGAGCCUUUUGAAUUUUUGUGCGUGUGAGAGAGAAGCACUUGAUUUACUGUGCAUUAUUAUUGUGCCAUUUAUUUCUUGCAGAAAUUACUAGAUAUAUGCACAUCAGGAGGGCUUUUCUGAGCUAUUGCUCCUGACCUUGAUAAUGUUCCCAAACUGCAGAUCGAAAAGGAUCAUCAGCAUGUACUUGACAAAACGGACAUGACAGUGUUACUUAUCUGCUGCGGCAUUUCUGAAAAUGGGCAUGUAGAAUUCAGACAGGCAAGGGGAGCAUGUUUAUUUACAGUAGUAUAGCAAGGAAGAAAAGGUCCAAUGUUGUCAAUUGACUAUUGUUUGUUUAUGGACCAGCUGACGAUGAUGCCGCUAUCUUUGAUAUUUAGAAAUUUCUUCUACCCAAUAGCAUUGCAACUAGUGUUCAUGGGUUGUUGUUUACCAUUUCAAUAUCUGCUGCUUCUUCGGGAUGAUAUUUAGUGAUGUUUCCUUUAUUUGUCUGUCUUCAUACACUUCAAACAAAAGAUUAAUGUUGGCGGCUCACUAACACUGAUCUUUUGUGACAGUUGAGCAUUUGCAAUUUGAAGGGCUAAUACAAAAAAAAUAGAAAUAAAAAGGAGGGAAAUGAACGUAAUAGCUUUUAAAACACAAAUUCCUAAAUCGUGGGAUUCAGUGUUUCUUGUCAGUUUUAAAAGGAUGGCUGUUCUGUCUUUUCUUUUUUCUUUUCUUUUCUUGGUACGGAUAUAAUUGUAGAAUUCAGGUUCUUUAAAAACCCAAUUACCUUAGGGCACAACUCAAGAUGAAUAAAUCUUUCAACACACUGUAUCUGGGAACAUGAUACAUGAGAAACUAAUAAUGCUGUGCCAUUAGAACUAGAUCAAGAAGAACUAUGUAAAGUUUUUGUUAGCUUGUUAUUUAUUAGAUUGUGCACCAUAGAAGUGGACUUUAAUAAUGAUCAGGCCAUUAUAAAUCAAUUUUUGUUUGCAAAGUAGCUCUCACAAUAGACUUUUUAUAAAAUGCUAAUAUUGAUUCUAUCUUUAUCAACAGUAUAGUUUUCAUUUAUGUUGGGAAAACUUAUAGGCUUGAGGGAGAUGUGAAUUGUGUGGCAGUACUCCAGAAUAAAUAUUAUUUUAGUAAAAGUCUCAAGAUAACAUACUUUCAUACGUGUGUGAAACAUUUUUAAUUAGGUUGUGACAUGUCUUUCUGGUUAAUCAUAUAUGCUCUAAUAAUGUGCUAUGAGCCAUAGAUUACACAAAACAAUGUGUUUUGAACUUCAGAUUACAUAAUUAUUAUUUUUUCUUAGAAAAAAAGUAUUAAGUUUUUUUUAAGGUAGAACCAAAAAGCCUGUAACUUCUAACACCUGUUGCAUUUCUAGUCAAAAGAAGUACAUACUAACAUCUAUUCACAUUGCAUUUUUUGCUUCCACACUGAAGCUGCAGGAGGUUCUUAAGCAUUUUAAAUUAAUAAGCACAGUGUUACUUGACAGAUGAAACCCAGAGCCGUGUUACGUUGUAUCAUAAUAGCAGUGCAGGUACAAAUCUGUCUGUCUGUCUAUUAAUCAAUAGAAUUGGCCACAAAGACCCUUGGCUGCAGAAUAAUUUGGAUUUCAGCAUUAUUUAACCAUUAUCUUCCAGAAUAUAUUUUUUGUCUGAAUAAGCACUGUGAUAAAAACACAUUGGAACAUUGUGGUUUGGGAUGAAGAGGGGUAACAGGACUCCAACCCACAUUUUUUCUCCAUAAGAUAGGUAUAAUAUGGACCUGCAUUACAAGUUUGACAAUGAAUGAAGUGAUUAUGCAGCUGUUGCAAACUAAAAGUGCUGUUCACAUGAUGAAUGUACUGUAUAUUCCUUCCAGUACAAACUCUGCAGAAAAUAGAAGAGGAUGGAAAGCUAUGGAAUGAAAAAAAAAUCUCUGUGCAUUUUCUCAUGCUAAAAAGCCAUAAUGUUUUAGAUCAGUGCCUUUGCCAAUAAACCUCCAGUCAGUGAAAAUAUAACUAUAUUUUCAUUACAUAUUUGUAAUACCAAAAGAAAUUUGGGUGCAUGAUAUAAUCAGUCAGUCACAGCAUGUGAUCAAUGAAUUAUUUAAUCAACUUCCAUUGAUGCUUAGUUGCAUUUCCUGUCUUAAUGACUCAGGAUACUUAUGUUUUAUUUCUUUGAAAUUGUGUACUAGUUCUGUGUUAGCUAGAAAAAUAACAGCAUGUACUUUUGUGUUAAAAGACAUUACAUCUGUUUGUACUUUUGCUUAAACAUUGCAUUUGUGUAUUUGCCAGUUUCUGUGUACUUCUGAAAAGUUUCCCCCGCAAGCUUUGUAUUUCACAGUUGAGCUGCCCUUACUUAAGGCCAGAUACUUAACCAUUAGUUCUAAGUGGUUCCAAUUUUGUGGAUGCUUCAGGCUCACAGGGGAAGCAAGCAACAUCCAGUUACAAGUCCAAGUCAAGUAGGGAGGGUACAGGACCUUGGACAGCUGCAAGAGAAGUUGUCUUUCCAGCAAGCUAGAACCAACUGCAGGAUUAUAUGGGAAUUGAUGCUUUUGAAUUCUGGUGCUGGAGGAGACUCUUGAGAGUCC